CUAUUUAAAAAUUCCAACCUCUCCUCAUAAAUGAAAUUCAUCAUCUAAUCCACUCCAUAUGCACACAAAUCUCCCAUUUUAUAAACCCUAAUCUCUCUCCACCGAUUCUCUCUCUCUCGAUACAACUUAACAGUGAUCACUAAUCUCUCUCCCUCCCUCUCUCUCUCUCUCUCUCUCAUGGCGGAUGAGUUUGUAAAAGCGGUUGAAGACGGAGUGCGCUUAUCGAAGCGAAUCUACUUCGGCAAAGACCGAUCGAUAACGCCGCCGAGGCCGAUGGCUGCUAUGGAGAAGUCAUCGGAGGCGUACUUACCGACGGCGCUUAUGGUUUACGCGGUGAUUCCUGAUCCAGUGGUAGUUGAUAAUCCUGAUAUUCCGAGUUAUCAGCCGCACGUGCACGGCAGGUGUGAUCCGCCGGCGUUGAUUCCGUUGCAGAUGAACGGAAUUGUAGUGGAAGUGGAUUGUGUGUUGGAUACGGCCUUUGUGAAGAUGAGUGGAGAGUGGAGAGUUCAUUGUGUUAUGGGGAGUCGGAAGUGUCAGUGUCGCGUUGCGAUUCCGAUGGGAGAACAGGUGUUGAAGUUGAAGUACCUGAAAAAUCAUAUUAUAGUAAGCUGGUAACUAUGGAUGACAAUGACUUGGAAAAAGUACCGAAAUACGAUGCUGGAGGCUUUCUUUUGCCCCACCAUAUAUAUGUUCUUACAAUACCUGAGGUAGACGGGGGUUCCAACCUCUCAAUUACAGUGAGAUGGUCCCAAAAACUAUCUUAUCAAGAUGGCGAAUUUACAUUGAAUAUACCAUAUAGUUUCCCUGAGUUUGUCACCCCUGUUGGGAAAAGAAUGUCUAAAAAAGAAAAAAUACAGCUCAAUGUGAACGCUGGUCCUGGUACUGAAGUGUUGUGCAAGACAAUCAGUCAUCCUCUGAAGGAAUUAAGACGCCAUGGAGAGAAGUUGAGUUUUUUAUAUGAUGCAGAAGUUCUCACAUGGUCAAAUAGUGAUUUUGUCAUUACUUAUGGUGUAUCAUCUAGUCUUUCCGGUAGUGUAAUCUUGCAAUCACCAAUGAAAUUUGACAUCGACCAAAGGGAAAUGUUUUGUGUCUCUCUGUUUGCAGGAAGCAAACAAAACAAAAAGGUUUUCAGGAAGGAAGUGAUAUUCGUCGUUGACAUAAGUGAAAGCAUGCAGGGGAAGCCAAUUGAGGGUACCAAAAAUGCUCUUGCUGCAGCACUCUCAAAGCUUGAUCACGGAGACUCGUUUAAUGUAAUCGCAUUUAAUGAUGAAAUCCACCUAUUCUCAUUGUCUCUGGAACUGGCUACUAAGAAAGCUAUUGAUAAAGUAACUGAGUGGAUGAGCAUGAAUAUGGUUGCCCGAGGUGGUACAAAUAUUCUGCUUCCCUUGAAUCAGGCCCUGGAGAUGAUCUCCAAUACCCAAAACUGCAUUCCUGCUAUCUUCCUGAUUACCGACGGGGCAGUUGAAAAUGAGAGAAACAUUUGUGAUGUCAUGAAAAAUCAUCUAACAAAUCAAGAAUCAUUAAGCCCCCGUUUUUACACAUUCGGCAUAGGCUCCUUCUGUAAUCACUAUUUUCUGCGAAUGCUUGCAACUAUUGGCAGGGGCUGUUACGAUGCUGCAUAUCAUGCAGAUUUGGUUGAAGUUCGACUGGAGGGCUUCUUCACUAAGACUUUGUACCCCAUUCUUGCAAAUAUUAGCAUCAACAAUAUUGACAAUCUCGAUCUUGAUGAUCUUGAGGUGUAUCCGUCUAGUAUACCUGACCUUCUAUUUGAGAGCCCAUUAAUUAUUACAGGGAGAUACCGAGGAGAUUUCCCUAGUAUGAUUCAACUUAAUGGCGUCCUGGCAGAUAUGAGCAAUUUCACACUAAACUUGAAGGUUCAAGAGGCAAAGGACAUACCUCUUGACAAGAUAAUCGCGAAGCAACAAAUUGAAUUUUACACUGCUCAAGCAUGGUUUUCAGAAAAUAAAGCCCUAGAGGAAAAGAUAGUCAAACUUAGCAUGCAGAGCUCAGUGAUUUCUGAGUACACCCGUAUGAUCUUGCUUGAGACAAACAAGACCACGGACUCGGCUGAAAAUGGUGAGGGAAAGAAAGGCACAUCAGAGUCAGCUGAAAAGAAAAAGAAAAAGGUUUCCAAAGACACGGAUUAUGGAAAGAUACUAGUACUUCAUAACUUUGGAUUUGGUUUUGGGAAUCUAAUUGCCACAGUGGAAAACACCCCUCCAGGGGCAGAUGAAGUUAAAUUACCAGAUCCAGGGGAGUUAUUUGUGCAGGCAGCCUCAAACUGUUGCGGCAAGAUGUGUGAUCGUUGCUGCUGCAUGUGCUGCAUUCAGAUAUGUUCUAAGCUGAAUGACCGAUGUGCAAUUGUGUUCAUACAGUUCUGUGGUGCCCUAUCUUGUCUAGGCUGUUACUAUUGUUGUGAAUUAUGCUGUGGCUCAGGUCGAUAAUAUUCAGAAGAGUGGGGGCCUAGCUAUAUAUUUAGUGUUAGUGUGUUAUGCAUGUAAUAUAAUUAAUUUCUGGGCACAAAAUUCAGAGAGCCUUGUUAAUCCUUUGAAUUACAUGAGAGCAAUUUGCGUUUUCGUAUUUGAAACACUUAACUAGAAUCAGUCACUCCACAUCUGAUCUCUAGUCUCUUUUCUUUUUCAA